UAAGAGGAACUAACCCAAGCACUCUAAUCGGUGCUUAACCACAGAAUCCAAACAAGAGGACACUUUAAAUGCCAGCAUCUUGUGACUUCACUGUGUACCCCCUUGGUUUUGUUAGUCAUUAAAUUCUCUGUGAUGCUGCUGUUCUGAUUGGAUUUAUACUGCAGCGCAAACACAUGCUCACACACGGUUCACCAGCGCAGGAGAAGCAGCAGCUUAGCUGGGAAGUGGUGACUCUCCAUUCUACUCAGGAGACUGCACAAUGAAGGUGUUUAGUCCGAGGUUUGUUCUUGAUCCCCAAUGGCGGUGCUGAGACACUGCCCCAUGCAGUCGACCAUGCCCUUCAUGUGGCCCCAGAAGAAUGUGGGGGUCCCAGGCCCCGGUGUUGAAGGGGAGGAGGAGGUGGUGGAGAAGAAGGGGGUCUGUCACAUCACCCAGCUGAACAAGGUGCUGACAGAGGGCACUGCCAAGCAAGUGGACAAGACUGAGGAGAAGUACUGUGUGUCCGUCAUCGCCCAGGCAGAGUGUGAGGGAAAACAGGAGUUCAGCCCUACCUGUUCUGAAGGUCGCUUCAUUAGAUUCUUAAGGCCUCAGUCAGAUGACAACAAUGUGGCGCACAUUUCUGCCAGGGGCGCUUCAGCCUGUCGGGGGGAGGGGCCUGGCCGGCGCCACACCCGCAGGAGACACAGAAAGCGCAGGAAGUGGGAGCGGAGGAGAGGAGAGAGGGAAAGGGAGUGCUCCAGCCUCCCAGAGCAAGAGAGCUGCCCCCCAGCUCCCAUCCAGGCACAGCAGGAGGAUGAUAGCGAGUACAGCUGCUUCUGCAGCAGCAGGAGCAACAACAGCAACAACAACUGUGCCCCCCAGAGUUCAGGAGUGCAGGAGACAGAGGUGCCAGGGCUGCCCACCAUCGAGCCAGGGGUGCCAGUCAGGGACACAGAUGAAUCAGACAAGGACAUAGAUGAAUCAUACAGGGACAAAGAGUUCCCUUUACUGGAUCCCUGGCUGCUCCUGUCGGGGGUGCCCUUCACCAACCCUCUCCUCUACAGCCUCAAGCUCUCCAGUGAGGGGGAUUGCUUCCCACUCUCUGCCUCCCCCAAGGAGAGCCUCCAGGGCCAGGACCUGGCUAUACAGGCCCUGCGAGGCAGUGUGAGUCAGGGGGAGGCCAAGCACUUGGGCCCCUUCUUCCAGAAGGUGAAGAGCGAGGCCUGCAGUGAGGAGGAGGAGUGGGAGAGUGGAGGCUGCAACGAGGGUGUGCUGCUCAAUGAGAACCUGAAGCCAGUGAACUAUGAGUACAAGAAGGGCCAGGAGUACACAGUCUACAGCCACAUACAGAACGGUGCCUUCGGCGAGGUGUACUGUGUGAUGGACAACAGCACGGGAUUCCAGUGCGCAGCUAAGAGGAUCCCUCUGGACAGGUUUCGCAGUGAGGAGGUGGGCUCGUGGAGUGCUCUGAGCUCCUCUCGGAUUGUCCAGCUCUACGGGGCAGUCAGGGAGGACGCCUUCAUCACGCUCUUCAUGGAGCUCAAGAAAGGCGGCUCUCUGGCUCAGCUGAUCAGAGAGAAUGGCCGGCUGCCCCAGGACAGAGCUCUCUUCUACCAGGAACAGGUCCUUGAAGCCCUGGAGUACCUGCACUCCCGCAGGGUGCUGCACAGAGACGUCAAGGCUGACAAUGUGCUACUGUCCCAGGAUGGGGAGAAGGCGUUCCUCUGUGACUUCGGGCACUCUGAGAAACUGGGUCUCAACGGAAAGAGCCAGGUGCCCUCUACAGGGGCCGGGCUGCAGGGCACCGAGACGCACAUGGCCCCCGAGGUGGUGCUUGGCGAGGGGUGCGGCUCCCAGGCUGACGUGUGGAGCAGCUGCUGCAUGAUGUUGCACAUGCUGAAUGGCUGCCAUCCUUGGACCCGCUACUACACCCACCCACUCUGCCUCAAGAUUGCCAACGGACCCCCACCCAUUAAGGAAAUCCCAGCCACUUGUCACCCUUGCACUGCUGAUGUAAUCUUGAUGGGUUUAGAGAAGGAUCCAAUCAAAAGGCCUAUGGCUGCAGAGCUGAGGACAAAGGUCAAAGAAGCACUAAAACAAGUGGGUGGCCUAACAAGUCCCUUGAAAGGAACCUAUCAGGAGCCAGCAAACUUUGAACCAAUCACAGAGAAAUCUGGGAGCAGUGAAUCACAGGCCUCGCCCUCGGACGAGCUUGUUCCUGCCCCUCUGCAGGAUGAAGCCCUGGCAUUGGAGGAGAAGACAGAACUGGAGUGGGUGAGCCGUUGGAGGAAGGUGGCGGAAGAGGAGGAGUGUGUUUCUGAAUCGCCCCGCCCCCUUUCUUCCCUCACCCCCACACCUCUACUAUUGCAAAAACUGAGCCACCAAGAGCGCAGCGCAAGUGUCUCCGAGCAGGAGCUACAGCAACUCGAGAGAGACUUCUUCCUGAGCAGUCUGUCUCAGCCACACUCCCCUGAACUCCAGGAGCAGCUGUUGUCCUGCCUGAGCAGUGAGUGCUACUCCCACUGGGACCCUGGUGACAAGGACUCUGGGAAGGGAUCGCUCAGUCUGAGGGAUGAUCUGAGUUCGGGGAUCUUCUCCUUCAACAGCCAGCCAGACGGACACAGCUUCAGCAUCGAGAGCUGGCUCGGACCCUGCUCCGGCCCGCCCAGCUGCUUCAACGGUGUGGACGUGCAUAUCCAGGGGUUCGACGGGGAGUGGCUGCGGAUCAGGGAGGCCCCCAAAGUGCUGUUGGGGCGCAUCGCUACUGGGAUCAGUGAACAGAUCUCGGAGGCUGCAUUCAGCCUGGUGACGGUGGAGGGGUACCCAGUAUCCUGCGAUGAGGAGAUCCCAGAUUCAGGAAUCGAUCUGCGCUGCACCCCUGCUCCAGACUGCAGCCUUGUCUGGACCUGGCGCGUCAAGAAAGGCCAGCUGGAGAUCCGGGAGUGAGCAGGGCCGCAGUCCUGCAAGUCUUCACCAGGAUUAAGAAAGCAAAAUCUGUAUCUAAAAGUACUGUAUUUGCCAAAGUAUGUUUGUAUUGUAAACUUUCUACUUGCCCUAUUGCUUUUUCAUCUUAACUGUUCAGAACAUAAUUCUGUAUCUUAAACUUACUGCCACGGUGUUCUUCUGAUUUUACCCUACAACAGAGAGAAAUGCUAAACUCUAGCUGAUGCAACACUGGUCGCAAUCUGUACCAUCCGAAAUGAUGCCUGGUCUAGUCUUUGGUGUUAUGUUUUUCAUACUUACAAUUCCUCCAGGGCAGGGUUUUGGUGCGGCACUGUGCCAAAAGGGAAAAAAAGACAUGCUGCAGUCCACGCCAUACUCGCUGUAUGGAUUACUUGAGGACUACAGACUGCAUUGCUGGCAAUCUAGCAACCUUCACUAGAACUCACUGGUAACAAAGGAAAUACAAAGACUUCAAAGAUACAGGACCCAUUCAUAAAUCCCCAUCUCUUUUAUAAAGAUGUGCUGGUGAGCAACAUGCAUGUUGAGCUAAAUAAAAAAUAAAAGCAGUUCUGCAAACAUUUCUUGCUUUGAUGUGAAGUUAUUACGUGUAGGUCUUUAAUGUGAAGCAUGUUUUUAAUGAGAAUUUCCAAUGUAAUGCUGGUACAUCGUUUGAAGCAAGCAAAAUGAUUCCAUACAUUUGCCCCACCGUGCAUCCCCAUUUAUUACAAAUAUGUAGUUUUGAAAUUUUAGCAAGCAUGUGUUUUA